GCCCCGCAGGGCGCCCCCCGCCGCUGAGGAUGAGUCACUGCAGCAGCCGCGCCCUGACCCUGCUGAGCAGCGUGUUUGGGGCGUGUGGCCUGCUGCUCGUGGGCAUCGCGGUCAGCACUGAUUACUGGCUGUACAUGGAGGAGGGAACGGUCCUGCCGCAGAACCAGACCACGGAGGUCAAGAUGGCACUGCACGCCGGCCUCUGGCGAGUCUGCUUCUUCGCAGGCAGGGAGAAGGGUCGCUGCGUGGCCUCGGAGUAUUUCCUUGAACCGGAGAUCAACUUGGUGACGGAGAACACGGAGAAUAUUCUGAAGACGGUGCGCACGGCCACCCCGUUCCCCAUGGUCAGUCUCUUCCUUGUGUUCACGGCCUUCGUCAUCAGUAACAUAGGCCACAUCCGCCCACAGAGGACCAUUCUGGCCUUCGUUUCUGGCAUCUUCUUCAUCCUAUCGGGCCUCUCCUUGGUGGUGGGCUUGGUUCUCUACAUUUCCAGCAUCAAUGACGAGGUCAUGAACAGGCCCAGCAGCUCUGAGCAGUAUUUCCACUACCGCUACGGGUGGUCUUUUGCCUUCGCUGCUUCCUCCUUCCUACUCAAAGAGGGGGCUGGCGUGAUGUCCGUGUACUUGUUCACCAAGCGCUACGCGGAGGAGGAGAUGUACCGUCCGCACCCGGCCUUCUACCGCCCGCGUCUCAGCGACUGCUCCGACUACUCGGGCCAGUUUCUGCAGCCUGAGGCGUGGCGCCGCGGCCGCAGCCCCUCCGACAUCUCCAGCGACGUCUCCAUCCAGAUGACGCAGAACUACCCUCCCGCCAUCAAGUACCCGGACCACCUGCACAUCUCCACCUCGCCCUGCUGAGGCCCGCCCCUCGGCGCUCCCGCCUCCUCCUUCUCUUGCUCCUCCUCCUCCUCCUCCUCCUCCUCCUCCGCGGUCUCCGGGCCCCACAGCUCCGCUCCCUCCCUCGGGACUUCUCGAUCCCUCGGGGAGGAUGCGGCGUACGCUUUAGCCCCGCCCUCUUCCUGGUGGCCCCGCCCCGCCGUCCUAGCCCCUCCUACUUUCCAAGGGCUCCUCCCCCUUCGGGGCCUCUCGACCUCCUCGGUCCGAUCCACUCGCAGACGGCCCCGCCCCUUCCCCCGGGGCCCGCCCCUUACCUCUGGCCCCGCCCCUC